GGCCCCGCCUCGGCUGGCGGCAGGCAGCGGCUCGGCUGCGUUCGGCUCCGCUCGGCUGGGCUCGGUUCGGCGGCUCCCGCCGGGGCCCGGCCGCUGCGCCGUGCUCCCAGCGCCGCCAAUGAAGGCAGACGCGAGCGGUGGCGGGGCCGUGGCCGGGUGAGACUGAGGCGGCGGGCCGGCGGUGCGGAGCGGCUGUCCCGUCCCGGCGCAGUCCGCGCCCUCCCGCACGAUGUCAUCGCAGGGCAAGUUCAAGAAGGACAAAGAGAUCAUCGCCGACUACGAGGCGCAGGUCAAAGAGAUCCGCAGCCAGCUGGUGGAGCAGUUCAAAUGCCUGGAGCAGCAGUCGGAGUCGCGGCUGCAGCUGCUGCAGGACCUGCAGGAGUUCUUCCGCAGGAAGGCGGAGAUCGAGCUGGAGUACUCGCGCAGCCUGGAGAAGCUGGCCGAGCGCUUCUCCUCCAAGGUCCGCGGCUCCCGGGAGCACCACUUCAGGAAGGAGCAGCAGCUGCUGUCCCCUGUCAACUGCUGGUACCUGGUGCUGACGCAGACGCGGCGCGAGAGCCGCGACCAUGCCACGCUCAAUGACAUCCUGCUCAACAACGUCAGCGUGCGCCUGGCGCAGGUGGCCGACGACGUCGUCAGGCUCUUCAAGAAGAGCAAGGAGAUUGGCCUGCAGAUGCAUGAAGAGCUCCUGAAGGUCACCAAUGAGCUCUACACGGUGAUGAAGACCUACCACAUGUACCAUGCCGAGAGCAUCAGCGCCGAGAGCAAGCUGAAGGAGGCGGAGAAGCAGGAGGAGAAGCAGUUCAACAAGGCAGGGGACAUCAGCGUCAACCUGCUGCGGCACGAGGAGCGGCCCCAGCGCAGGAGCUCCGUCAAGAAGAUUGAGAAGAUGAAGGAGAAGAGGCAGGCCAAGUACUCUGAGAACAAGCUGAAGUGCACCAAGGCCAGGAAUGACUACCUGCUGAACCUGGCCGCUGCCAACGCCGCCGUCAGCAAGUACUACAUCCACGACGUCUCCGACCUCAUCGACUGCUGUGACCUGGGCUUCCAUGCCAGCCUGGCUCGGACCUUCCGGACCUACCUGUCGGCCGAGUACAACCUGGAGACAUCUCGGCACGAGGGGCUGGACCUGCUGGAGAGCGCCGUGGACAGCCUGGACGCGCGCAGCGACAAGCACACGCUGAUGGACCUCUGCAACCAGGUCUUCUGCCCCCCGCUCAAGUUCGAGUUCCAGCCCCACAUGGGCGAUGAGGUGUGCCAGGUCAGUGCCCAGCAGCCGGUGCAGACCGAACUGCUGAUGCGGUACCACCAGCUGCAGUCGCGCCUCGCCACCCUCAAGAUCGAGAAUGAGGAGGUGCGGAAGACGCUGGACGCGACGCUGCAGACGCUGCAGGACAUGCUGACCGUGGAGGACUUCGACGUGUCCGACGCCUUCCAGCACAGCCGCUCCACCGAGUCCCUGCGCGCCGCCGCCGACGCCUACAUGAGCAAGGGCAGCCUGGCCAAGAGGAGAGCCAAUCAGCAGGAGACGGAGGUCUUCUACUUCACCAAAUUCAAGGAGUACCUGAACGGCAGCAACCUGAUCACCAAGCUGCAGGCCAAGCACGACCUGCUGAAGCAGACCCUGGGAGAAGGUGAAAGAGCCGAAUGCGGAACAACCAGGCCCCCCUGCCUGCCCCCUAAGCCACAGAAAAUGAGGAGACCUAGGCCCCUCUCAGUCUAUAACCAUAAGCUCUUUAACGGCAAUAUGGAAGUCUUCAUUCAGGACUCUGGCCAGGCCAUUCCUCUGGUGGUGGAGAGCUGCAUUCGUUACAUCAACCUCUACGGCCUUCAGCAGCAGGGCAUUUUCAGGGUCCCUGGCUCCCAGGUCGAAGUCAAUGACAUCAAGAAUUCCUUCGAGAGAGGUGAAGACCCCCUGGCUGACGACCAGAAUGAGAGGGACAUCAAUUCCGUGGCUGGGGUGCUGAAGCUGUACUUCCGGGGGCUGGAGAACCCUCUCUUCCCUAAGGAGAGGUUUCAGGAUUUGCUCUCUACAAUAAAGAUUGAGAAUCCCACUGAGAGGGUGCACCAGAUCCAGCAGAUCAUCAUCACUCUGCCCCGGGCUGUCAUCGUGGUCAUGAGAUACCUUUUUGCCUUCCUUAACCACUUGUCGCAGUACAGCGAUGAGAACAUGAUGGAUCCCUACAACCUGGCCAUCUGCUUCGGGCCCACUCUGAUGCACAUUCCAGACGGGCAGGAUCCCGUGUCCUGCCAAGCCCAUGUCAAUGAGGUCAUCAAAACCAUCAUCAUUAACCACGAGGGCAUCUUCCCCAGCCCCCGCGAGCUGGAGGGGCCUGUCUACGAGAAGUGCAUGGCUGGAGGGGAGGAGUACUGCGACAGCCCACACAGCGAGCCGGGCGCCAUCGACGAGGGUGACCAUGACAACGGCACGGAGCCACACACCAGUGACGAUGAAGUGGAGCAGAUCGAGGCCAUAGCCAAGUUCGACUACGUGGGGAGGUCCCCCCGAGAGCUGUCCUUCAAGAAAGGGGCCUCGCUGCUCCUCUACCACCGGGCAUCGGAGGACUGGUGGGAGGGGAGGCACAACGGCGUGGAUGGCCUCAUCCCCCACCAGUACAUCGUGGUGCAGGACAUGGAUGAUGCCUUCUCUGACAGCCUGAGCCAGAAGGCGGACAGCGAGGCCAGCAGUGGGCCCCUGCUGGAUGACAAAGGCUCCUCCAAGAACGACAUCCAGUCCCCAACAGAUCACCUCCUGGACUACAGCUUCGGGGGAGUGCUGGGCCGGGUGCGGCUGCGCUCGGACGGCGCUGCCAUCCCUCGGCGCCGCAGCGGGGGCGACACCCACAGCCCUCCCCGCGGGCUGGGCCCUGCCAUCGACACUCCGCCGCGGGCCGCCGCCUGCCCCAGCAGCCCCCACAAGCUGCCCCUGGGCAGGGCCCGGCUGGAGAGCCCCGAGAAGCGCCGGCUGGGCACCUUCGGCAGCGCCGGCAGCAUCAACUACCCCGACAGGAAGGCGCUGGGCGACGGGCACCCGCUGCGGCCUGCCUGCGCCGCCACCAGGCACAGCAGCCUCGGCGACCACAAAUCCCUCGAGGCAGAGGCGCUGGCGGAGGACAUCGAGAAGACCAUGAGCACGGCGCUGAACGAGCUGCGGGAGCUGGAGCGGCAGAACACGGCCAAGCAGGCCCCAGACGUGGUCCUGGACACGCUGGAGCCCAUGAAGAACCCCCCGCUGGGCGCUGCCAACUCGGAGCCCGCCAGCCCCCUGCACACCAUCCUGAUCCGGGACCCCGAGGCGGCUCUGCGCCGCAGCAGCAGCUCCACGGCCGAGAUGCUGACCACCUUCAAGCCGGCGCUGUCGGCUCGCCUGGCGGGCACCCAGCUGCGGCCCCCGCCCAUGCGUCCGCUGCGCCCGGUGGUGCAGCACCGCUCCAGCAGCAGCAGCAGCUCGGGGGUGGGCAGCCCUGCCGUCACCCCCACCGAGAAGCUCUUCCCCGGCGGCUCGGCGGACAAAUCGGGCACCAUGUAGGGCCGGGCCGCGGGCAGUGCGGCGCCCGGGGCCGGGCCCGGCCGGCGGAGGGGCAAGCCCUGCCCCGCGGAACCUCUCCGGAAGGAGCCCAGGCUGUGCCCACCCGUGGGCGCCUCCCCAGCCUGCAGACACUGGCGGCGCAGCCCUGGCAGCAGCGGGGCCGGGGCGCUGGCACUGGCGGGCAGCUGCCCCAAGUGUACAGAACCCAGAGACUCCUCAAGCAGCAGAUUUACCUCGGAACCUGGCUCUGCAGCGUCCUCUGGAGAGUGGCCUUGCUGUAGGGCUUGUUUGCAGGCACUCCGUGUGCUGUCAGGCAAUAGGAGCCCACCCUUGCAGGUCGCCCUCUGCACUCCUUGGCAUCUGACGUGAAGGAGAGGGGGAGAUAGGGCUCGGUCACUGCUGGGCUGUGAAGAGCUGGAAGCUCAGUGGGUGCCAGCUGGCUGGGCUGUCUGCUCAAGCUGAGUCCUGAGAUGCUGUAGCAUGCACGGUGAUGCCCAACCAGCAGCAGCUGGCAGCAGAACUGAGCUGUGCUCCAUCAGCAGCAGGCAAGGAGAAGGACACAGCUGCUCCCCGGGGCAUGGCACACCCUGCCUGCUGCACAGGGCCCAGGGCACGCCACGAAGAUCUCCGAUGGAAGGAGGAGCAGUGACCAAGCUCGGCAGAGCAUGAGGACAGUAACCUGCACGGCUCUGAGAAGCUUCCUGUCCCUUCCCCACACACUUCUGGGUCUCUAACCCCAGCCUACGGACAGAGGAGACCGAUGGGACGCAGAGGGCAUGGCACAGCAGCGUCCCCUGGCUGGGGUCACCCAGCAGGGUGGCAGGGGCUCAGCUGGGGUCGUGCUGCCUUGCAUGAGAGGCCUGAGCUGUACUUGCCAUAGCAGACGCGGAGCUGGCCUGGGGGGACACUUUGAACUUUGUCCUGCACCCUGUGGUGCAGCAGCUCUGAGCUUAUGCAACAGAACCUGUGCUGGGUUUGGCUCUGAGCGCUGACCCCAGAGGUAACCAACUUGCAGGAAGGGCUGGGGCAUCUCUGCUCCCUGACUGCUCUCUGCUCACUCUGCUUCUCUGUUCCUUGACUGCUCUCUGCUUCUCUGUUCCUUGAGUGCUCUCUGCUCCCUCUGCUUCUCUGCUCCCUGACUGCUCUUUGCUCUCUCUGCUUCUCCUGCAGUUGCUUCCUUCUUGUGCGUAUCUCCACGCAGUGACCCAUGGCUUCAUCUGGUCACUGUGGCCACCGACAGCCCCAGUGUGAGCCCCAAGCUCAGCUGCCCCAAAGAGCUGUGCUGAUGAUUCCCUGAUGCCCACCCUUCUGCCAGCUCUGCUCCCUCUCUGGCCCUGCCUCAUCCAGCAGCCUCCUGCCCCUGCCCAUGGCUUGUCUUUGUUCCCCACUUCAUUUUCCUCAUCUCUGCAGUGCCACCGUAGGCCCCAGCUUGUAUGCGGCCAGAGGAGCAGCUGGACUUCAGGAGGUCCUGUCUGCCCCCUGGUCCUGCCGUAGCUCCCACCUCAUCCAGGAGCUCACCUGUGCUGUGCCACAGCCAUGGGUACUUGCAGGUGCUAGGCAUAGCUGCAGCGCCACACACCUAGGGGCCCAGCCUGGUGCUGGCCCUGUGCCCAUGCAUGUCCCUGUGCCCCUGCCCCUGUGUGUGGUGCUUGCCCUGCUCCAGCACUGGGCAGUGGCUGACGACAUGUCCCCCGUAGAGGCCAGGCUGGGUCAGCUGGGAGCUGCUCCCCAGCCCCUGCACCUGGCUGGCAGCUGUACAAGUAAAGCCCAAAGCCAUGGCGGCAGCCAGAGUGGCCAGGCCAUGGGGAGCAGUUGUGUCCAUGGUGGUACUGGCAGCAUCCCUCUGGGCAGUGCUGGGGGGCAGUGGCUUUGUGCUGGUCUGCUGACACCGCUGCCAUCUGUACUUGCCCCAGCUGCUGCCUCUGGCUGCUUGUUUCUCUAACAUGGCUCUGUGUCACCUUCCCUACCCUGGGCAAACCCUGCGGGCUCGGCGUGAUGGGCAGCAGAUGUUCACCAGUCUGCCAGCCUGGGCUGGAGAGGAACCAGCACACGAGGGGCGGGGGGGAGGGGGGAAACCCAUUUGGCACCAGAGCUGGGUGUUGAUUGCCAGUAAUUCCUUCUCCUUCUUGCCCUUGGUUCCUGGAGGAUGUUCCCUUUGCCAGCCCUUUGGGGUUCCCUUCCCCAGCUGCCUUGCCAGCGGUUCAGGUUUCUCAGGGGCUCCCUGCUCCCGGGCAGGGCCCAGCUCCAGUCUCUUGCUGUUAAGUUAUUGCCUCUCCUGUCCCUUGGUCCUGUUCCAUUGUGGCUUUGUCCCAGUCCAGUUGUUUUCUCUUUAAGUGCCUUUUUGAGCACCAGAACAAAGGCCUGGGGUGGAUGUCGUGGCGCUGGAGGCAUCAGGCUUGCCUUGGCAGCGCUGCCUGGGCUGGAGGACGGCUUUGGAAGCUCUUUGUUGUGUUUUGCCCUUCAGGAGAAGCAAGCCAGGAGGUUCUGCUGAGAAUAAACCACCCCUGUGUAACUCGGUACGCCCAGAGUGGCUGUAACUGCUGUCCAGCCAAGGGCAGAGAGAUACUGUUCGGUAAGCUGCCCUGGCACCCACUGGCACCCACCCAUGUAGACAGCCAUCACUGGAACCUGCUCCUGGCUUGGGCCUGACCUCACCCCGAGCCUCCAUUACCUCCAAAGGCAUCAAGACUGUUGGCUUUGGAGAGCUCAGAGGGCUCUCCCUGGCACCUGGCCAGGCAGAUGAGGAGAGGGGUUGCUGGGAGCACCCUGCCCAAGGGCCACCAUGCUCCUGCCUCUGCCCACCCUGUGGGCAAGGCCUGGGCGUCCGGCACAGCCCCACAUGGGGACGCGGUGUCUUCAGGGCAUCGUUUCUCUGCCGUGCAGAGCAAGUGCCAGCUCCUAGCUUGGCUUCUGCAGACCCUGCUGAGUGCCCUUAGACCUGCUCAGUGUGCUCGGGGCAGCUGGGUGCUCACCUGCCCUCCCUGGGGCCUGGCGUCGCCUGGCUGGUGCUGACCCGAAGCCGUGGCACUGCAGACUCCUCAGCACUGUGCCAGGCAUGCCGGUGCCCGGGGUGGUGGUGCCAGUGCACUUUCUCCUUAGGCUGCAGCUGCCCUGGCAGGUCGUUUUGUAGCCCUGGGCUGUGUUGCUCACCCAGCAGUGUUGUGGUCUGCGCCCGGCUCUGGUCUGCUGCGGCGUGGCUGGGCCGGGCGGUCUGCUGGGGCGGGUUUGGUUGUGCCAGGAAGCCCCGGGAAGCCCUGGCUGCCCUCCUCCUCCUCUUCCUCCUCUGGUGUUGUCUCUGUGCUGUGUGGUGAGCCGCCGUUCAGCUGGAGUGUCUGAGUGGGUCCUGCCGUGUGUGCUGCUGGUGCCAUGUAGAUGAAGCCUCUGGUUGGGUGUGGACUCAUCCCCUUGAAUAAAACUGCUUCACUUUU